AUAAACUUUAGAAAGUAUUCAAAAGAAUUGGAAUCAGGAGAAAAUUUGGUAUUGUUUCAUCACUAAAUUACAUAUUCAGUUGUGUUUAUUUAAUAAUUUUUUUCAAUAAGUUUAUUUUUAAUUUUAGAGAUUCACCUCCACACACGGAUUCUCCAUGUCCUACAUCAGUUUCUCGUCAAGUAUUUCAGCAAUAUCAGUAUUCAGCACAAUUUACAAGAACUCGUAAAAUGUUUGAUCGGGGACCAAGUGUUGUUAUUGAAGAUAUUGAAGAGCAAAAUAGACCAAAAAGACCUCUAGUUUCCACAGACUUUGUUAAUUGGUGUUGUCGAUAUUUUAGUCAACCUGUAAUAAAAUUUCCUGAUGAUGGUGAUUCAGAUAGUGCAAGUCAACAAGAACGUGACUGGAAAUUUCUUCGAAAUGCAACAAUCAGGAAAAAUGUACAAGAAGAAAGGAAAAGACUAGCUAAAGGAAAGUUAGAUGAACAAGUUUUUAUUAAUAAAAAUCCAAGUAUACCUUCUGUGAUACUUUUUCAUCCUUAUGAGUCUCAUCUUGUUGUUACAGAUAAAGAUUCCUACAGUGUAUGGGACUGGGAACAAGGUGCUAUGUUAAGUUAUAACAGUAAUGGAAAUUGCACAAAUACAAGAAUUACAUCAGUUGAUUUUAUUAAUGCUCAUGAUACUGCUCUCUUGAUGUUAGGGUCUGAUGAUGGUGCAGUCAGGAUAUGGCGAAAUUAUAUUAAUGAUAGUAAACAAACCGAAUUAGUUAGUGCAUUUCAAAUUCUUUCAGAUAUGUUGCCUUCUAUAAGAGGUUCAGGUCUCAUUCUACAAUGGGAACAAGAAUCAUGUAAAUUACUUUCUUCUGGAGAUGUAAGAAUAAUUCGUUUAUGGGAUGCUGAAAAGGAAAUGAAAAUUCAGGACAUACCAACUGGUGCUGAUAGUUGUGUAACAAAAUUAUCAACUGAUAAAUCAUUACCUUCCAUAAUAGUUGCUGGAUGUGGUGAUGGUACUAUUCGAAUUUAUGAUUGUCGUCUACCUCCAAAUGAUUGUCGUGUUACAACUUUAAGAGAACAUUCUGGAUGGGUGGUCAAUGUUCACUUAUAUCAACAUUCUGAUUCUGUUGGAAAAAUAGUGAGUGGAAGUGUUGCAGGUGAUAUUAAAUUUUGGGAUUUACGACUUACCAGUUCUCUUAAGACUGUGCAGUCUUCUCAGGGCAUGACUGCUAUGUCAGUUCAUUCUGCAAUUGAUUUAAUUUCUUGUGGAUCUGUAAAUCAAUUCAUCAGUGUAUAUAGUAUGGUUGGUGAAACAGUUAAUGUAAUUAAAUAUCAUGAUGGAUUCAUGGGUCAACGAAUUGGUCCAAUUAGUUGCUUAGCUUUUCAUCCAUAUAAAGUAAAUCUUGCAGCUGGAAGUACAGAUUCUUUCAUCUCUGUUUAUUCAAUAGACAAAAAGCACUAAUUUAUAUAUAUAUAUAUAUGUUACUGCUAAAGCUCGA